AUGGGAAACCACACACGACUGACAGUGUUCAUUCUAGCAGGUCUGACUGAUGACCCACUAUUCAAGGUCGUGCUGUUUAUCUUUCUACUUCUCACCUACUUGCUAAGUAUCAUGGGCAAUCUAACCAUCAUCACACUCACGCUCUUGGACACUCAUCUUAAAACUCCCAUGUACUUUUUCCUCCGGAAUUUUUCUUUCUUAGAAAUUUCCUACACCACUACAUGCAUCCCGAAAUUGCUAGUGGUGAUGGCCACUGGGGACAAGACUAUUUACUACCAUAGUUGUGUCACCCAGGUAUUCUUUGCCUUCUUACUUGGAGCAUCUGAGUUUUACUUGCUGGCAGCCAUGUCCUACGACCGCUAUGUGGCCAUCUGUAAGCCCCUGCAUUACACAACCAUCAUGAGCAACAAAGUCUGUGUGGGACUUGUGCUCAGCUGUUGGCUUGCAGGCUUCUUUGUCAUCUUCCCGCCCGUGAUGUUGGGCCAAAAUCUUGACUUUUGUGCCUCUAAUGUCAUUGAUCAUUUCUACUGUGACACUACACCCCUCAUGCAGCUCUCCUGCACAGACACACAGACCCUGGAGAAGAUGGGAUUCGCCUCUGCUUUGGUGACACUCUUAGUCACGUUGGCGAUGGUGAUAAUGUCAUAUGCUUUUAUUGCCCGCACGAUUCUAAAAAUGUCUUCAACCAGUCAGAGGAAAAAGGCGUUUUCCACAUGUUCUUCUCACAUGAUUGUGAUAUCCUUGUCUUACGGCAGUUGCAUCUUCAUGUAUGUCAAGCCAUCAGUGAAACAAACAGUGUCCAUUUCAAAGGGGAUUUCUGUGCUCAAUACCUCAGUGGCCCCACUGCUGAACCCUUUCAUCUACACGUUGAGGAAUCAACAGGUGAAAGCAGCCUUCCUUAAUGUGAUGCACAGGGUUGUCAGUUUGUCAAAGAAGUGA